AUGUGGCUCUAUCGAGGCGCCCAGUCCGCGGUCUUUUACUAUGCCUCUUGCACCCCUUGUGCCGAGAAUAUCGAUCGUCGGAAACGCAGAAAGGAUGCUGCCCGCGCACAAAGAGAGAAGGCGAGAGAGAAGUUCGAGGAAAUUGUCACCGAUCAACCCCGUCCGUUCCCGCAACCAACACCCUUCAGCACCAAUGUAGGCUGGCGUGAGGAAAUCGCCCUAGGCCCCGGACCUCCGGCCCGCCGCGGCGGUCGCAACUUUCACCGAACGGACAGUUGGAAUACCGAUCAGAGCUCGCAACUUAAGAAGGACAAGAGUGGUGGCUUGAUGCAUCCGCUCGGCGAGAAGUGGAAGUCUAUGCGGUACCAGCGUGAGGAUGAGCCUCUGUGGGGACAGCAAGAAGUACGCGGGUCGUCUAUCGGAUUCUCAGGCCGGGGUCGCGCAGACCCCAACGAAUCUUCCAAAUACUAUAUCCCCCGUGUGCCGCCCGUCAACGACCUCCACCCACCCAUCGUCAGCGGACCCUGCAGUCGUGCCGACACCAGAUGGAUGCUUCAACCUCCACCCAGCGCCAGAGUAAUGUCCGGUAAAGAAGACUUCCACAAGCCGACCCGUGAUAGCAUCGGUGGGUCCGGCACCGAGUAUCUCUCCCGGGUCACAAAGAACACCGUCAGGGGCAACGAACCUACACACAAUGAAACCGAAGACGGGGCUGCAGAUGAAACUAACCAGAAACAUAUGCCCCGCCUACCGUCUUUGACAAGGCUUCGUGUCUCAAACGACGACUUUGAUCCGGGCUUACACUCUCGGUCCGAUUCUAUGUUCUCCGACACCAAUACAGAUGACCAGUCUCCAAGUCUAUCAUGGCGACAUCCUGAAACCCCACGGUCACGUCCUCAAUCAAAAGACACAGGUGAUGACAAGGUCUAUCGUCCACAAAUCUCCAAAACCCUCUCCACCAUGCAGAUGCCGCGAGACAACAAGAAAAUCCACAUGUUGCAUCUAGAAAUCAACGACGAAUUCCGCGAUGACUUCGCCGAAGGCCAGUUCCAGCCCAUUCGCCCAUGGCGUUGGAGCAUGGACAUCUAA